UUGUGUGCAAUACCUGAAGCAGAGUUCAAAAGUCUGCACUGUUGUUAGAUCUCAAGCUCCCAAGAAGUUGUGUUUCUCGACCAAAAGGCUGGAAAAGAAAAAAAGGUCCUAAUUGUUUUUUGGGAUAGAUGGGGGGAGGAGGGAGGUUACCAGUUUAUGAAUGCUCUUUUUGAAAAUAAGACUCCAAAACUGAAUGUUCAAGGGAGAAUGUUGGUACUGCUGUGGUUAUUCGGUGUUGGUUUUUUUUAAUGUCAAACUCUUUAUGCUUUCUAUCCUUGUUGUGCUGAAUUUAACCGUAAUUCUACAUUUUACAUACAGAUACUAUGGAUAACUAUCACUUGCAUGUUAUAGCUGUGGUCCUUUACUUUAAUCUUCCUGGAUCAGUGGGAGCCAAGUCACAGCAGAUCCUUCCUGCUACACAUCGCCGUUCAGAGUGCCGGUGGGAUGGGCAGUUCUUACUGAAUUGCUCUUUUACCAGAAUAUCUACUAUUCCAGAAGAUACAUCACAAAUAGCAGUAACAGCUGAUUUGAGUUACAACAAUAUUAAAACUUUUGUGUGCUCUGAUGGAAGAAACGAAGAGUGGAUGCUAAAACACCUGAACCUCAGUAACAACCUGAUUUCUGAACUAACUUUAACUACUUGUACAAAUUUACCCAAUUUAGAAACUCUAGACCUCAGUGGUAAUGCCAUCCACACCCUCACACUGGACAUGCUUACAUCUGCACAAGGGUCUAAAAAGUACAGCAUUGUUGAUCGUCUCCUGCCUGCUUUGAAAGUAUUGUCAAUUGAAAGAAAUAAUCUUAAUACAGUUCCAAGAGGGCUAGGCCUCCUGCAGUCUUUACAAACUGUCCAUAUGUCAUCCAAUGCCAUACAACACAUUGACCCAAAGGACUUUCAAAACUGUUCACAGCUGAAGGACAUUGACCUGAGAAACAACAAGAUAACUAAAAUUCAUCCAGAUGCCUUCAGAGAUCUCAACAAAUUACAGGUUGUGGAUCUCCGUGGCAAUGCUCUGACAAUCCCUCUGCCACAGAUACUAGUCAGUUUGAACUUUUUUCAACUUGAAGUGUAUUUGUCAAAGAACGCCUGGAUAUUUAACUGCAGGCUAAAUGCUUUUAAACAUUUCUUUCAUUUUGUCUUUGACUCCACAAGGCAGAAAUUGAGCCUUUCAUACAAUAAGUCUGCCAACAACUCCCAGAAACCUCUGCUGUAUCUUUCAAGUUUCCAUUUAAACUGCAGGGACAAUGUUUUGCUCAAAAGGGCCACAGUGCCAACAGGGACCACAUCAGUGCUGACCUGUAACUUGGACAACAUAAGGGGCAAUGGAGUCUCUUGGUGGACACCUAAGGGCAGAAUUUCAAAAAAUCACAGUCUUCCUCAUAUGACAUUGGAUAAAAUGAACAAUUUAGUGAUAUACAAUGCUGAGAAAACUGCUGAAGGAUUAUACUUAUGUCUUUUUAAUACAACAAAAGAGAAGUAUCUAAUUUACAAUAUAGACGUGAAAGAAGGAGUCUCAGCAUUUUUGGUUAGAAAAGCCAGGGACACUGUUUUUAGACAGAAAGAAACUGAGCCAAACUUUGCACUGGCUGUCUCCCUCUCUGUGCUCAUUACAUUUGUUUGUGCUUUUUGUCUGGGUGCUUUUGCUAGACCCUACCUGGAGCGCCUGUGGAGACUCAUGCGCAGGAGCAAAAAUUCAGGGUCAGAACACACUUAUUCUAAUCAAGCUUUUUCAGCUGAAACCUUGAGCAGAGAGUCUUCUGCAAGCAAGCCAACAAAUAUGCAGUGUAAUACGUUAAUUUGUGAUAAGAAUUCUUUAAGAAACACAAUGAUUUUUCCUACAGAAGCUACUGUGUAUGAAAAUGUCACUGGCAGUCGUGUACAUUCACCAAAUCCCAAAGCAGAGUACCAGAAAAAAAGCAAUACAGAGAUCAACAUGAAGAAAAUGCCAGUGUUUUCAAAACUCCAAACUAGUACUGACAAUAAUGAAAGCAUAAAUGUUUAUGAUACUGAACUAUUCUUUCUGAGGACGGAUUACCAGAACAGCAACGAAAUAACACCAAACAGCAAAGUAAGAAACAACUCUGGUCUGCUGCAGUCUGAGAUCACAAAAGCUACACCAGAUUCUCCAGAAAGAAAAGGUGUUCUUUUACAUAAUAAACCCAGGCACACUAGAAAAUUUAUGCAGAGAAGGCAAAGCUGUGAAGAACAACUUCGUCUAAAUGGCAACAAAAAUAUACCUAGUGAAGUUGGAGAUUUUAUUUCACCCAGUAGCUUCAGAAGAGAUGCAGAUAUUGAGAAAUUAGGCAUCUAUGAAACAAUAGAAAACUCUCCCACAACAGAGCAUGACUGUAAAAGGAUACAUUCAGAUGAAAAAGAUGCUUCAGCUGAUAUAUUUGGUGACAGUUCUUCAGCUGAAGGGACUCCAUUCACAAUGAGUGACUGCAGCUCUUUAGCAGACUUUGAAGUGGAACAAUCUGGUGUCAGUGACAAGCUGCCAGCGUGUCAGUCACCACUGGAUGAAGCCAACACAGACAGUGGAACUGAGAAGUUCGUAACACCGCCAGAAUCUCCAAACAUGACUGCUGAACUUCAGCAGACUGGGAGAAAUGAAGAUGAGAACAGUGCCUAUUUUGAAACCACUAUUAAUUAUGGAUCAGAUACCACCAUGCAGGAAAGAGCAUCCCCUUACACUGAUAAAAGCAGUAGCCACAUAAGCGUGUCAGAUCCAGAUACAGUUAGUUCUUCAAGUCAAGAAAUUCCAGUUACAUUUGAUUAUUUUACUAAUGCAGAGUCAACAGUAAAAAAUUCUAUUUCUGAUUCUCUCCACAGUCAAAGUACAGAUUUUGGUAACACGGUACUUAAGUUAAAACCUUUUCCCACGUAUGACACAGAGAAAACUUCUGAAGAGGAUGAACUGCAGCUUUCUCUGGUUCCCAGAGAACCACAGCAUUCCCUCACCUUCAGUCACACAGAUCAAAAAGAAAAUGUACCAUCAGGAAGUACAGAUGAGCACAUAGCCAGGAACUCCCCUGAAAAGAGUCGUGGUGAAGCAGACAUUAAUGCACAGUCAACAGUACAAAACUCUAUUUCUGAUUCUCUCCACAGUCAAAGUACAGAUUUUGGUAAUAUGGUACUUAAGCUAAAACCUUUUCCCACAUAUGACACAGAGAAAACUUCUGAAGAGGAUGAACUGCAGCUUACUCUUCUUCCCAGAGAAUCACAGCAUUUCCUCAGCUUCAGUGCCACAGAACAAAAAGAAAAUGUCCCAGCAGGAAGUACAGAUGAGCACAUAGCCAGGAACUCCCCUGAAAAGAGGCGUGGUGAAGCAGACAUUAAUGCACAGUCAACAGUACAAAACUCUAUUUCUGAUUCUCUCCACAGUCAAAGUACAGAUUUUGGUAAUAUGGUACUUAAGCUAAAACCUUUUCCCACAUAUGACACAGAGAAAACUUCUGAAGAGGAUGAACUGCAGCUUUCUCUUCUUCCCAGAGAAUCACAGCAUUUCCUCAGCUUCAGUGACACAGAACAAAAAGGAAAUACACCAGCAGGAAGUACAGAUGAGCACAUAGACAGGAACUCCCCUGAAAAGAAUCACGGUGAAGCAGACACUACUUUACGAAGAAACACCAGUACAUCUGAGGACAAUGGCUUUAUUUUUGCUCCCAUUGAUACUCGUUUGAAUGAAGUUGUAAAAAAACCACCACUGCUGCACUCCAGUCAAGAAUCAUCUCUUCAAUUGCUGCCUGAACACACAGCGGAAAAACAUUUCAUUUUUCUUACACAGCAGGAUGACUUGCUACCACAGGAGAAGCAGGCUUGUGCAGAUAAAAUGCAAGGAGGUUCUGAUGAGAAAAAUUCUGAUGGAUUCACAGAAUUACAGGAUACCAGCUAUUGCAGUCUGCCUGAAGAAAUACAGUCUUGGAGUCCUACAGCAGUUCAGCUGCAUCUUCAUAGUUCUGGGAAAACACAAUUCACAAAGUCAGAAUUCACAACAGAUGAUGCCUUCCAACUGGAUCAGAGUGAUGAGGAUCCAUAUUCCUUCUCAAUCCCACAAGGUUUCUUCGAUGAAAGCACACCAUACGGUUCAUGUUCCUUCCCACAAAAGCCUACAGGAAAUACAAUCUCUGAAAGCACUGAUUCCAGCAAGAUGAAGGAUCACACUACUUUGGCAGAAGUGGAGAACCAUUCUGCAACAACUUUUGAACUCCAAAAUUCCAGUAAAACUCUCAGACAAAAAAGUCAGACAAAUUCAGGACAGGACCAGUUUUUUGUUAAGAAGAAAAGAGCAUUUGAUGGAUUUGCUAAUAUUUUGCAAAGCAGGAGAACAAACUUCAAUAGUUGAAACACAAAGUGGUAAUACUAAGCUCCCAUAGCAUCUAUGUCAUUACAGCAGGUGUGAACAUUAUUUUGUUUUAAAGUGAAAUUACUUUUGUUUAGAAGGGUAUUCAUAAAAAACCCAUAACAGACUUUAUAAAAAGCUACUCCAGAAUAUUAAUAAAGCUUUUGCUAAAUUAUAUUUAGUUUCUCAUUAUUUGUAGUUGAAACUAAUAUUUCCCUUGGAAUUUGCUUCAGAUACUCAGUUUUGUCUUUUUGUCUAAAAUAAAUGCAAUAUGGAAAUUUACAUUAUUACUAUUACUGUGUUUUCUUAUGGGAUUCAACCUAUACAGUGAAAUAGUACAUACUACUGUCUUUUGCUUUUUGAGCCACAUUUGUGGAUUAUCUCUGAAUUCCUAGUGUUGCAAAGAUAAGUAAAGUCCAAGCAGUAUUCAAUUACAUUUCAAAAAUUCCUUUUUAACUUGGCAAAAGAGAGAAAACCACCUCAGAGACACAGAAUAUAAUUCAAUUCUGCAGAAACAUCAGUUAUAGAAAUGCAGGUGUAAUGGGACAGCACCUGAAGUUUGCAGAUGUGGUGACACAGGCAGAGUAAUUUUAAAAGAGACAAAGAAUCCUAUAUCCACUUGAGAAUUUUACUUAGAAGGGGAAAAUCAAGAGCAGUUCAAAACUGCUAUUCUAGAACAUCAGUAGCCAAAAGACAGCAAUUGUAAGGUAAAAUUACCUCUGAAUAUAGCCCAAGGCCCUUUCAACAGACUCAGUACCGCUGAGGCAGUCCUUGAAGGGAAAUGUCAUCAUGAAAGGGAGCAGACCCAGUUCUGGGAAAAUGCAGGAUGCUGGCUACAACUCUGGGGAAACUCUUUCACAAAGACACAGUUAACUCCUAAAAGCUCCAAACAGAAGGAACACAUUUCAAUUCUAUCACAAGAGGAGCAAGUCCAAUGGCACACUACACCACUGAAACUACCUUUAAAGAAAAAACUAAGAACCAAGCACCACUGCCAGUCUCAGAAAAGCUCAUUAUCCACAGAACUUCUUUGUGGCCAAAACAACUUUAAAAAUGCAAUGCCUGAAAAAAGCACUGAUUCACACUUUUUGGUAUCUACAGAUCUUCAAACAUCAUUAACACCUCUCCAAGGCCUGUCACCUCUUGGUUGUUGCAGCUGCUAACAUAUUAAGAAAUCUAGCUAUACAAGCAAGGCAAUUGUGUGAAUCAUGGGGAAAAAACACACUCAGUGCUCUAUUGAUAUCUCAUACACUGAAAUUUCCUUGUGCAACAGUCUAAUAGAAUUUCAAAAUAUAUGCUGGAAAAUUAUUUUCUCAUCUUUUUUUCUGACCAUGAAAAUGCUGCAGUGGUGAGGCAGACAGUACACCACCUGUGAGAAGCUGCAGGAUUUUUAAGAUUCCCUUUAUGCCAUAAAGUUGUGGAAAAGUUUCUGCUCUUGUCAGACAUAGCAAAUUUGCUCCUUUUUAGUGGGAUUUUAACAUGUCGCAAAGUAUUCAUUCUAGUGUCAAAAUAUUAUGCUUCAUCUCAAACUUAUCUUUGUAUGGCUGCCUAAUCUUGCCACUGUCCUUUGUUACUCAUCUCUCCAUUCUUACUAUCAUGUCUUUAUUCAAAAUCAAACACUCAGCUGCUUCUCCUUCAUAUUAGUUCAUUUUGUUAGCAAUUGCUGUUUAAUACAAAACCUUGGUAUUUUCUGUGACUUCCACACAGUACUCAUCAUGCUCUGCUGCUCCCUGCCCACUCCAUGUUAGCAUGCCCUUCUGUACACACUUAGUUACAGUCCCACACACACUGACCCAAGACUGUAUCCUCACAUUUCUUUACAUUUCACCCACUCUAUCUUGUUCACACUGAAAAUUGAUUUAAGUAAUUUGGCCACUGAGAAUUUUCUAGGACACCUAUACUAGUAGGAUGCCCACUGCUGUUAAUCACACAAAGUCACAGAAUAAGCUCGAUAAAAAAAGUGCCUGAGUGUACUCUGCAUGAAUCUGUAAAUAAAGCAUGAGGAAUCAGCCAAGAGGAUGCUGGCAAAAGUCUGGACACACCCUUCUCACAGGGCAAUGGCCUGCCAAGCUCCACGAUCCACAGGACACAGAAUCCCUCAUACUGUGAAUCAGGACAGGACAAAAUGCAGGUGUUUUUUUUAAAAGCAGAUCAAGAACUUCAAAUACAGUAAUCAGGAUAAAACAAAACUCCCAUUUCAAACAUAUAACAGUUUGAUAAUUGUCAAGUUAUUUGCUGUAGGUACAAAGCAUUUCAAUCUUUCCUGAAUAUGCUGAAAAUUGGGCUGGAAAAUAACCCUUAAAUAUAAGGAAAAAACAUGCACAUUUAAACUCA